AUGAUGCGAGAGCAGCUUGUUCGCCAGUUAAAGCAAACGCUACCGACGAUCGAGACACUUGUUAAAGACUUUCUCAAAGCUCAAGAAGACCUUAACCAGGCUGAAGCCACACUGGAAGCGACAAAGGUGUCUCCGUCUCGUAUGAAGAAGACGGGGUCGUUGAUUGGGCUCACUACCACAGUAACUGACGAGGAUCAAGUCCAGAACGCUCUGGUAGAUGCGGAAGCUACCGUUACCGACUUGACAACUCGCUUGACGGACCUAAUUAAGAUAAUGAGCCACCACAUUCAACAUGUGGAAAUACUUAUUCAAGGUUUCCAAGAAUCUACGGUUUGUAUCGUGGAAGGAAUUCUGGCUUGGCGACAAUUAAGACAGCGACGAAGACAGCUGAGUAAUUUCCACAGACUGUUUCGGUUCCCAUGGAGGAGACAGAAGAGAGCCAACUACCUCGUGCAUAUCGAUGACGAUUUACGUAUGCUAUUUCCUUCUCUAGCCAUGGAAUUGCUACUGGGUCCGAAAGCGACGUAUAACCCACUGUUAUUGUCAAGAAAAAUGGUUAAAUCACUUGGACUCUCGUCGACGGGAAAGACUUUUCUGACCGAAAGACGAAACACGUCUAUAACCCCUCAUGACCGCUUGAGACAGUGUCUUGAAGCGAUUUAUCAAGAGAAAAGCCUUGAAGCGCAAGAGAAACAACGAUGGGGAGAAGAAGAAACACGAGCUCAACGCUCUUAUGAUCCGUUCUCCACGAUAAAAUUUGCGGGUGGUGUGGAGGAGACUCUCACUAACUUGAUGGCUACACAAUCGCCACACGGUAAUUUACUUGGAGAACAGCUUCGUAUUCGUCAAGAAGACACAAACCGCGCAGUUUUUUCGACUUCUACUACACAAAACAAUCAGACGGAUACAGUCAACGAAGUUCUGCAAGUAAAUCCCGAACGUUUGCGUCUUUUCUUCGAGAAACGAGCGACUUUGCUCGAGUCUCCCGCCAAUUGCGAGCUUCGUGACAUUCAACCUCGCGGUCAGAAGAAUAAAAUACGAGGGAAAAUACUGGUGCGGAAAAAUAACGAGAAACGUGUGGAAAAUUAUCUCGCACGGAAAAUCCAGCUUCAAUAUCUGGCACAUCGUCAACGUCAAGCGAUUCGAACUAACUUGACCCAAUUGGUUGAAAAGAUCCAAACUAGUGUAGUAGAUAUCCAGCGAGUUUUCCGCGGGCAUCGCGCUAAAUGUGACUACAAGUGUAUGAGGAGCGUAUGGCUGGAGCACAGACAGCAAGUGGCAGCAGUGCGUACGAUCAUCAACGCGUUCCGACGGUAUCAACGACGUCAACGUCAUCGACAUUCGAUGACGGUCGAGUCUAUUGCUCAAGUGCAACUUAUCACUCUAUUAGCCAAUAAACUGAAUGAUCCGGAUCAGGAUGCAGAGAGGUACCGUCGCGUCGGUGAAGAGCGACGUCGACAACGGAUUGUGUUGCUACAGAAGCACAAAAUGGAGCAGCAAGAGUUGGAACGGCAGCGUAUCACAGCUGCUAUCCGGAUGCAGGCUGUGGUGCGUGCACAUUUGGCUCAGGGACAAGCAAGAAUAUUACGACAAGAGAAGAAGGCACACAUGAAUGCUGUCAGUGCGAUGGCAAUCCAGUCCAACAUUCGCAACGUGUGA